AUGGGCCAAAAUGUAGCCAACCUGGCUCCAGACUCUGCCUCUCUCUCUCCUUUGCCUCCGGUUAUGACCAGAGGCCUCACCGCAGUAGUCGUCUUCAGUCUCCUAUCUCUUGUUUCCACCGCCGCGCUUCUUACUGUUCUUGCCCGAACUCUCUUGUCCAGGUGGCGGAGAAAGGCCCAUGGCGUCCAGAACCAGUUCAUCUUCCUUAUCUUCAACCUUCUCCUUGCCGAUCUCCAACAAGCCGUCGCUUUCUUCAUCAACAUCGAGUGGCUUGUGCGCGAUGCAAUCGACGUCCAAUCACCCUCUUGCUACGCCCAAGGCUGGUUCGUUUCCGUAGGCGAUCUCGCAAGCGGCUGGUGGGCCGUUGCCAUCGGCCUCCACACUUUCGCUUGUAUCGCCCUAUCCCACAAGAUUGACUCCUACACCUUCUACACCGUCUGUGCUUCGAUCUGGGCAUUCGUCUUCCUGGCCGCCAUCAUUGGUGCUGUCACCUAUGGCGACGAUCUUUACGUUCGCGCCGGAGCUUGGUGCUGGGUCAACGCCAAAUACCCCGGCCUGCGUAUAUGGGGACACUACUUCUGGAUUUUCGUCGCCGAGUUCGGCACCGUCUUCCUCUACGGCACACUAUUCUGGAUCAUCCACUGCCGCAUCAAGAACAACCACUUUCGCUGCCCGGUGAAGACGGCCAAGGCCCAGCGAGCUGCCUACAUGAUGGUCGUCUACCCGCUCAUUUACGUCGUAUGCACCCUGCCUCUCGCCUCCGCCCGUCUCCAGAGCGUCAUGGGUAUCGACACCAGUAUCGACCAUCUGUGUCUUGCCGGCGCUAUGAUCUCUUGCACCGGCUGGCUGGACGUCCUGGUCUACUGUGCCACCCGUGAAGUCUUCGUCCCCACACCUGACGCCACUGGUGGCGACGAUGAGGAGCAUAGUGUACAGGCCGAGGACGAGCUCAUCGACACCUUCCAGUCGUCUUUCCCCUUCUGGACGAAUCGUCAGCUCUUCGGCACCACCACUACCAUUGAAGCCGGCGCUGGCGCCGGCUUCCGUCACUCGCUCAUCAUUGCAAGCAAUGCCGCCAAGAACCACAAUAACCGCCGCUGGUUGGUGAGGCAGGAUAGCACUGAGCUGCUCACCCCUCCCCAACCUGCGGCUCUCGCCGUCAAGACGGAGACGACCGUCAUCGUGCGCAGCGAUCCCAUGGAGCUUGAUGACAUCGCUGGCAUAAGCUAUGCGAAGAGCCGCAUGCACGACAAUGCGGUCGAGAAGGACAGUCUGAGUUCUAGCUCCAAGAGCAACGGAAUCCCGAUGCAUGACGACUUUCCUUGA